CAGCAGUCCCUCCCUGACUGGGCGUCCGCGCGCAAGGCUCAGCAACAGCUGAUCUCUUCCUCAGCAUUCAGCUGAUCAGCUGAUCACACUUCCCGCCAAUAAAAGCGCGCCGCACACGCCGCUUCCGACUAAUCGUGAGUUGUGUGUGUUGGUGCAAGCUAGCAAGAAGCAGGAUGAAGUCUCAGCAGCUGUUAGUCUCCUGUUUGUUUAUUUGCACUUGGCUUGUGGUGCUUAUGGCGCCUUCAGCCAACGCCGCCCCCAAAGAAAAGGACCCCGAACGUAAGGCGCUCUAUCGACUUGAGUACAUCGAUAUCGAAAAGGUGCUCGAUAACAAUCGGAUGUUGACGAAUUUCAUCAGAUGCUUCCUGAGGCAAGGUCCUUGCACGCCUGAGGCACGCGACUUUCGAAAGCUGCUGCCAAAAUUAGCCAAGACGAUGUGCAGUGACUGUACAGCUCGACAGAGAUACAUCAUUAAGAAGGUAUUCAAGCACCUGAUGGAGGAACGCCCCAAGGAGUGGGAGCUUCUCAUGGACAGGUUCGACCCUCAGCGCAAGUACGCCGAACGCCUCGACACAUUCAUGGUGGACAUGACCACACGGGCACCUGUGACGUCAUCACCGAUGCCAUCAUCACCUGUGACCUUGACCUCGUCCAGCGUGACCAUGAGCAGUACCACGCAGCGCGUGAUCGAGAUUCUGCGCACUAGCACCGACAUGUCCAACGAGAGUAGGCCUGCCUCAUGAGAUACGGUCAUCACACUAGCGCGACUUGAAACUCUUGCUAUCAACUGGCUCAAGCGUAUAUUCAAGAUACCUGCUUGACCAGAUUAUGUAUCAUAAUAAAAUUGUGAUACACAACAUGAAAUAUCGUUGUACAGGUCUCGAGAAUAGUUCUGGCCUUCCCCUAUAUUCAACCAACCACUGAAUCUGUUGUGGUGGGGGUAAAAAGAGCUUGGUAGUCUUUUCCUCAUCUCCAAGACCGAUCAUUCUAUUAUUCUAUUUCGACAGGAGAUGUGGCUAUUCAAUUAUCCAUUUUUGGAAAAUUUGAGCACUAAAUAAUAUAUGGGAGUGCGAGAAAAUGUGUCUUACUCUCCCACUCCAGCCUGAUCAAUUUCAGCUUCAGAGGGUUCAGGGGCAAGAACUAUUCUCGCGGACGCUAUUUGUACCAAGAUUGUCUGGUGAGGUAUGUUCCAAAGCAAUCUAAAAUCGAAUAAUUCCGAAAAAUUCUAGAAGCUUCCAUUAUUUGUAUUUUUGUUACGGAACAGGUCUCAAGCGGUUGUGUGAUAUUAGCUCCAAAAUGAAGUUAACUACUUUGAAUUACAAAAUGGUCAACUUUUGUGGAAUAACAAGUAGUUUGUUAUGGGGAAUUGCACUCGAUUAGUGGAUCAGUUUUUGUGCAAUGAGCAAUUCAAUGCAAUGUAUUUCAUAAUAUUUAGAGGUAAAUAUGGUUAUGAAGUUAUGAUACUGUGAUAUUUCUAUUCUUCCUUAUCCAAAUCAAUGAGAUGUACAGAGGAGAAGAAUACAAUGAUAAGUAGCAUACCAA